CACAAUGCUAGGCCGUUCUUAUUAUACAUCAGUGUGCUGGGCAGGGUUUGGGAAUUAACGGGCGUACUGUUGCAGUUAUUUUAAUCGCUUCGAUCAAAACAGUGAUUUGUCGACUACACUUCAGGCCUCGGCCUCAAGGUGGGGCAGAACAAAGUAGGUGGUGGGGCAGGAAGGCCUAGGCCCCCCCAUCCUGACUAGAGGCCAGACCCAGCUUCUGCUCCAGUAGCCCAUAGCCUCUUCAGGACCAAGCAGGGACCAUGAGCACAGGCAAGCCCAGCGGAAUCAAGCCUCCCAGCAAGAUAAGCAGGCCAACUGGAUUACCAACACGCACCUCCCCUUCCUCUACUGCUCCAAAGCCUGUUCCUCCUGAGAAGUCUCCCACCCAGGAUGGAGAAAUGGACUACCAGGUGGGGGAGAAGGUAUGGGUCAACGGCAACAAGCCAGGAUAUGUCCACUUCCUGGGGGGCACGCAGUUUGCCCCAGGCCAGUGGGCCGGCAUCGUCCUGGAUGAGGCCAUCGGAAAGAAUGACGGGUCGGUGGCGGGGGUCCAGUACUUCCAGUGCGAGGACGGCAGAGGAAUAUUCACACGCCCCUCCAAGCUGACCAAGACGGCUAUGCCAGAGAUGGAGGCCAACUGUGGGCAGCCUAACCCUGGCGAGACAGGGGCAAACUCCCCUACCGCUGCUGCUGCUGGGGCUACUAAUACCACUGGUAACAGCACCAAGACACCGCUGAGCAGAACCAUGACGGGCAGUGGGUCAGUGUCCAACCUCUCUGAGACAGACUCAGCCAAGAAGACCAGAAGAGAAUUGAGACUGGGAGACCGCGUGCUGGUGGGAGGUAAUAAGUCGGGGGUGGUGAGGUUCAUGGGGGAGACAGAGUUUGCCAAGGGGGAGUGGUGUGGAGUGGAGCUGGACGAACCACUUGGGAAGAAUGAUGGAGCCGUGGCUGGAUCCAGGUAUUUCCAGUGCCUGCCGCGGUACGGCCUGUUUGCGCCGGUCCACAAGGUGAGUCGUAUCGGCUUCCCCAGCACCCAGGCUAAAGCCAAGGCCUCCUCACGGAGACACUCCACCAUGAAGAGGAGUCCUAGCGCCUCCUCCUUGAGCUCCCUGAGCUCUGUCACCUCCUCUGUUAGUGGGAAACCCAGCCGCUCUGGCCUGCUGACCGAGACCUCUUCGCGGUAUGCUCGUAAGAUCUCUGGCACUACAGCGCUACAGGAAGCCCUGAAGGAGAAGCAGCAGCACAUCGAGCAGCUAUUGGCCGAGAGGGACAUGGAACGCGGGGAGGUCGCCAAGGCAACCAGCCAUGCUGGGGAGGUGCAGCAGGAACUGUCACUGCUCACGAAGGUUCAGGGGCAGUAUGCUAUGGAGAUGGAGGCUAAGCUAGAUCAACUGCGUGAACUGGUGGAGACAGCAGACAGAGACAAGGUGGAGCUUCUGAACCAACUGGAGGAAGAGAAGAGGAAAGUGGAAGACCUGCAGUUCACUGUGGAGGAAGCUUGCAUCACUAAAGGUGACCUAGAGACGCAGACCAAACUGGAGCAUGCCCACAUUAAGGAGCUUGAGCAGAGCCUUCUGUUUGAAAAGACCAAAGCUGACAAACUGCAGAGGGACUUAGAGGACACUAGGGUGGCCACAGUGUCUGAGCGGUCUAGGAUCAUGGAGCUGGAGAGAGAGGUCGUGGAGCUGCAGUUGAGACUACGGUCCUCCCAGCAGACAGAGGGUCCUGUGUCGCUGUCACCAGAGGAGCUCAGCGACCUCAAGGCCCGGGCCCAGUCCCAGGAGAAGAAGAUCAGCGAAAUUAGUGUGGAGCUGGACAACAUGCAGGAACAGCUUCGCUCUGUGGAGGAGGACAAAAUCUCUCUGGAACAGCAGCUAAUCAGCCUGAGACAGAAACUGGACGCUGCAGAGAAAGACAACACGACGAUGGCACAAACCAUGCAUGAGCUGGAGAAGAGAGUGGCGCAGGCGGGAAAAGAGAGGGAGGCACAGAGAGAAGAGAACCAACGCAAAGAGAAAGAGCUUCAGGAUAGACUGACGCAGGCUGUUGAGUCGUCAGAGAGGACCACCCACUCCGUGGAGCAGCUGACCAAUGAGAAGACAGCGCUGGAGGCUCAGCUCGAGGCGCUGAAACGGCAGAAUUCCAAAUUCCAGGAAGAACUCAGUCUCUCGCAGGAGCGGAGCAGCUCGGAAAACCAGCGCAUCGGAAAUCUGUGCAAGGAAAUUGAGGAACUGAAGCUGAACAGUCAUAAGUCUCAGUACCAGCAAGACAUGAAAGACAGGGAAACUCUAUCCAACCAGGAGACAGGGGAGGAGAGAAACUUCCAGAAGACAGAUAAGGACAAGGAGCUGGAGACUCUGAGGAAUGAGAUUGUGGUGCUGCAAGGUGAGAACGCCAUAGCCAAGACUCUGCAGUCUGCCGUUGAGGCGCUGGAGAGAGACAAGGCCCAACUACAGGGAUGUGUCACCAGCCUGGAGCAGAGGCUCAUGGGACAGCAGGCCUCCGAGGGAGGGGACAGUGGAAUGCCUUCCUCAGGUGACGCAGUUCUGGACCAGCUGAGAGAAGAGAAGGAGUUUGCAGAGGGACAGAUUAACUUCCUGAACAGUGUGAUCGUGGACCUGCAGAGGAAGAACGAGGAGUUGAAGGUGAAGCUGAAGAAGAUGGUUCUGGCUGAGUUCAACGGCGGCACUGACGGUUUGGAAGAGUGUGGAUCUAAGAAGGACAAGAAGGCUCCUCCUCGUCUGUUCUGUGAUAUCUGUGACUGUUUCGACCUCCAUGACACCGAAGAUUGUCCGACCCAGGCCCAGAGCCCUGACUCAGUGCCCCACUCUUCCUUCAAGGGCAAGCCAGCCGACCAGCGUCCGUACUGCGACAUCUGUGAGGCCUUUGGUCAUUCCACAGAGUCCUGCCAAGAUGACCAGACCUUCUAGACUCACUCUCAUCCAAAGUAUCCCACCCCUGCCCUGCACAGAACGCCAAACACCGACCAGACUCCCUCUGGGUUUUUAUAUCGUAUUUAUGUACGUCACCCACUGUCAUAGUCCACUUAGGUAACUCAACAAAAAAAAUCCCCCGCUCCCUAAGACUCUCCUAUUACUUAUACUACUUCCUCUCACUAACUAACUCUCCUCCCUCUCCAAAUCUCCUUUCCUCGCUUUCCUCCUUCUCGCUAACUCUCCCCCCCCUCCCUGUCCAACUCUCCUUUCCUCGCUAUCCUCCUUCUUGCUAACUCUCCUCACCCUCCCUCUCCUCCCUCUCGCUAACUCUCCUCCCCCUCCCUCUCCUCCCUCUCGCUAACUCUCCUCCCCCUCCCUCUCCUCCCUCUCGCUAACUCUCCUCCCCCUCCCUCUCCUCCCUCUCGCUAACUCUCCUCCCCCUCCCUCUCCUCCCUCUCGCUAACUCUCCUCCCCCUCCCUCUCCUCCCUCUCGCUAACUCUCCUCCCCGUCCCUCUCGCUAACUCUCCUCCCCCUCCUCCCUCUCGCUAACUCUCCUCCCCCUCCCUCUCCUCCCUCUCUCUAACUCUCCUCCCUCUCUCUAACUCUCCUCCCUCUAACUCCCUCUCCGACAUGUAAUAUCCAUGUUAGGAACUAAAGGAAUUAGUCUUCUGUCAUUAGUUCAUGAAGGAAUCAUCUUCUGUUAUUAGUUCAUAAACGAAUCAUCUUCUGUUAUUAGUUCAUUCUUUUAUGUUUUUUUGUUUUUUUUGGAUACAGCAUGGGUUGGGUUUUGACUUCAGUUCUCACAGGAAAUAAACUUCCUAUAUGUAACCGGGCAAGAGGGUAGGCAUUUGACGAUGCAGACGUCCGUGAGGGUGAAGGGCCUGGAUGCACCAGAGUGGUUCACUGCUAAUAGCACAAUUAAUGAUGAAUGUUUCUCCAACACAUUCCUGUCUUUCACAUGUCACAUUCCCGAGUCAGUGUGCUGUGUCCAGACCCUUACCCUUUUAUUUAUUUAUUUAACCCUUAUUUAACCAGGUGAGUUGACUGAGAACACAUUCUCAUUUACAGCAAUGACCUGGGGAAUAGUUACAGGGGAGAGGAGGGGGGGAUGACUCUAUGGAUGUCCCCUCCACAAAGGGAACAGGGUAAUACCACAGGACACACAGUCUACCUGUACUACCAGGUUGUGUUCAGCAGGCACAAAAUGAUAGAGGACAUUUUGGAACUGAGGAGGUAUUUUGGGAAAUUCUCCACAAAAACGCACAUGUUGUUUUAAUGCCUACUGAACAUCAACCUGGUGCUGGUGGCAGGCGCUCAUCCAAACUAAGGCAACCGAACGCCAGCCACUUAACUUGUUGUUGCACUACUCACUUUAAAACUCCCUCUUAGAAUCCAGGACACACUUAGAAACUGCCACGCUAAAUGAAAAAACAAACGUAUUGAUUUGAUAAGAAAUGUCGAGACAGAAAACGACCUAGUAACUGUCACCUUUUAUGUGCUGCCUGUGUAUUUUAUGCAUUGUCUUUUAAAAACGGCCUGUCCUGUAAUAGAUAUACGUGUACUAGAGCUAUGUACCGAAGCACACAGUUUGGAUCAUAUUGAAUCGCCCGGUGUAACAAAGCUAUGUAUGAUAGAUCUAUGUGACUAACCAAUGACACCGGCCUUUGUAAAUAACCAUCAGAAGUUUUCUGAAAAACUAAAUGUGCACAAGGUGCCAUGGAAACAAAAAUGAUCUUUUAGGUGUAUUUUAUUUUUCUGCUCUGCUGAUAGACUGACCCGCACGUUGUACGAUAACGAUGUACCGACUCCAGGGAACAAACGUAACGCACUUGUAAUGAUGUUAUUAACUCUAUAAGCACAUUGUGGACUCUUUACUAAGUGACGUGACUGUUUAGUGCACUGUUUUCUAUGUUUCAAAUAACGUUAAGGCAUCAUCUAUAAAGGCUUUAUAAAGGGUUUGUUAAUUGGUAGACUGUUAUAAACCCUUUACAGAUGAGGACCCUACUGUAAAGCGGUACUGGUUUUCUAUGUUGUGUACAAAGUACAAAAAUAUUACAAUAAAAACAAAUACUCUA